AUCUUUAAGACUUAUGGGAUGAGAUCUCUAUAAAGAUAACGAGUUCAACACAUUUGAACAACAGUUCAACAAAUUAAAUGAAGUACGGAAAGAGGACGAUGUUUGUUUUACUAGCUGCGAUUUUGUGUUGUUUUAACGGAGUUGUGAACGGCGACAUUUACUACUCAUGUUCCUACAUCAACACUCCCAGUGUGGACUGUAGUCGAUUUUCUGAUGAUUUAACCUGUGCAACCAACCUUGUCACAUACAAAAACAAAUGCGAAUUCAGUAAAGCCCAUUGUCGUGACAGCACAAUUGAUAUAAAGCACUACGGAAAUUGCACAAGUGCUGAUGGCACAACACCUGCACCCAUAAAUGGAGCAGGGUCUGACCACGUUCUCGACUUCUUUUGUACACAUCUAAGUCACACUAACUGUCCGGUCGGAGGGACUAAAAUCUGUGCUUCGGACGGGCGAAUCUAUGACAACGCGUGUGAAUACGAGAAAGCCAUGUGUACACAUAGAAAUAUCAUGAUCGUAGACUGUCAUCUUAAAAGGCACUAAACAAUUCUGGUGCUGGAAUAAAAUUUGAUGUAACAUUAUCAUGUAAUAAAAUGUGUUGAUGGAAA